AUGUCUGACGAUAUCCUCCGUCCUGCCAAACGCAGAAAGCUGGGCACGGAUGAUGCAUCAUCUGUAUCAGAAUACUCAAAUGAUCCCAGCGAUGUCACACUGACCCCUCUGCCACCCGCCGUACUUCUUGUCUCUCUCCCCAGCUUGUUAGCGCAUCCGCCAAAUCAUCGCUUUUAUAUUCAGUCUCUUGUUCUCUCCCUUGCUGCUCUGCGGAAAUGUCUCUCUAUACCAGCUCUAUCUCCUGAGGUUGAAUGUCGUGCUUGGACUGGAUUAGCGGAAAUUGGGAUGAAGGUGAUAUCAGGUGGCUUGAGUCAAGAUGUCGCUCAUCCAUGGGCGGAGCGAAUUGAGGCAGAGGUUGAGAAGGCGUUGAGCAAAGGGGCUAUUAUUGCUCAGAAGCAUCCGUCUCUUCGCGCAUACAAGCAUCACCUAUCACUCCUUCAAGCUCAGCUGUCUCAUUGGCAACACAAAACCAAGUUCGCUCGUAACCAGAUCCGCAAUAUUCUGGCAUCUUUUCUACCAACAGACCCUCCGCACAUAAUCUAUUCCGCUCAUCUCGCAUACAUCAACCUUCUCACCACUCCCGCAACGCCAUCAGUCUCCACUCUUCCGCCCCGGUACGCCGCCACACCUCCGUCGCAGAAUCCGCAAGAUAUAUAUGCGGCUUUGAAUGCCGUUGAGGAGCUCGAGACUUACUCUACAAAGCACGGACAUAAACAUGUCACGCUUCUCGGUCGCGUUCUCCGCUUGCGCAUCCUCGUCGCGGCUAGCCUGUGGAGAGAUGUGCCCGCAGCUUUACAGCAAGCAGAAACAGCACUUGGCCUCACAUAUGAAGCCAACGCCACGCCUAAGCCACGCAAAGCAUCGCAAGAUGGUGUGGCUGCGGAGCCAGAGGCGUUCGUCUCAUUUGAGGACCCCUUCGAGGCGGCAAUGGCAGCACAUGUCCUGAUCAUGUCUGUCAUAUACUUCACGCACAUAGGGAUUGCAGCGGAAGGAUCGCCACGGCUCUCGCAUCUCCACGCGUUACUAGAUUCCGGGGCGCUGGACACGUUCCCAAACGGGACAGCAGAGAUCACAUUCCGCAGUUCGCCUUCACUCAUCGUUGAAGUCACUCAUCCCCGUGUUAUCUUCAUGCUCACAUUCCUGGUAAGCGCAACUGCGAAACGAGACGCAGUUGGACGGAAGCCGAAGCGCAAGGUAUUCGCGUCAGAGGGAUUGAGCAUAUGGGAGAGCGAGGCCUCUCGUGAGAUAAAUUUUGCAUUGUGGGCUGGAAUCGGAGACGUGGAGGAAGUCGAACAGCGUCUCGCGAAGAUUAAAGCAGAUUUGUUGUGCGAGUUGAUUGCAGCUUCCAUAAUGCGCAGCGAAUUUGAUGCGGCUGAGGAGAACCUCGAUAUCCUGAUAGCCCAUACUCGAACCUUCGACUUAUUUCCCUCCUUCGCCGCGCGGAUCGCCUUACAUUACGGUCAUCUCGCCCACGCGCUAGGCCAGUCCGCUCACGCGCUUCAAUACUACAACGUCGCAGCUCAUCUCGCUGAGGACGGCAGUUUCGUGAAGCUAACUGCGCGGGUGGGCCAGAUUGCCCUACGCAUCGGCUUGGAACGCCCCUUGCUCGGAUCCGAAGAUGAUGAUGGCGUCAAGGUGAACCUGGAGCCGGAGAUGCAGGUCGCAAGGGCGUGCCGAGAGAUGGGCAGCAACCUGGAAGCCGUCGGUCGAGUGAUAGAGGCGUGUCUAACAUCUGAGAUUCUCAAGUCCAAGCAACAUCUGAAGGUCGCGCUCGGACUCGUCACGAAAGCGCAGGACAAUCAUCUCCGUGCGCUUGUCUUGGCACUGAUCGCGUCGCAGUACUUCCACACCGCUGGGGACCACGCGUUAGAAAUGCUACAGACGUGUGAGCAGCUAGCAGCGGGGCUCGGCGCACCACCAAACAAACCUGCGCCGAAGGAGCCCGGUCAAAAGCAUGCGGCACCUGUGUUGGUGGGCAACGCGCCGUUGGGCCUAUGGGUCGGCGAACGAUUCCUGGAAUUGUUCAAGCGAGCCGGAAAGGAAUCCCGUGUGCAGAAACAGACAGCCAUUAAUGCACAUCUGGCUAAGGCUGUCGAGGAUUUGGCGCGACGUGCUAGCGUCGCGACCGGCCUAUCCUAUUCGUAAAGUGCAUUUUUUUCUCUCUCGCCGCUCUCAAGGCAUCCUCUUUCCACAUGUGACACAUUGGUAGUUUUCACAAUCUACAUCAUCCAAGAAUCGGUCUAUCCCGCAUAAUGUUCGUUCUGCCCGUAAUGCUUUGCUUUGCUCUGUAGAUCUUUGAGUCCAUUAUCGUGUUUUAUUGGGUCGUGUAGCGAUAGCAAGAAUCAGACUGUUUUCCCGACGCCC